AUCGAGGCCGCUCGACUGUACCGCCCACAGUCUAACAGGCACCGGCCAUCUGGCCUUCCCGUCAUCCCACAGCUGCAGGAAGAGUCUGAAAGCGAGUCAGAUGACGACGUAGCAGCAGCAGCAGCAGCAGCAGCGCCACACCCAUCCCCAGAACCCUCAGGCCUCAACCUCUCGCCCAUAAGUAAUGAAGACAGAAAAUGCUUCGCACUGUUUUCCACCAAGGCCUCUCGAGAUGUGUGCCACAUCCACACCACUCACAGCUCCUCAGGUUUUCAAGUAUUGCCAUAAGGAAAGACAAACACUGCCUUGUACCCUCCUCUAGUACUUCUCUACCAAAUGGUCAUGUUCAGAAGAGUCACCGCCAGUAUAGUACUGAUCAUCCCAACAACAGUAGGUUGGAAUACACCGGCAGCACCAACAGUCAACAGUACAAUAAACCAUUAGGCAAACUGUUGGGUGCCAUAGGAACUGUGGCAGUUCUGGGAUUUGGCACAAUUCUUAGCAAGUCAAAAGAAGAAAAGGGAUCUUGUGAUGGUGAGGGAGAUCAUCCAUUAGUUGAAAUCUGUGUGAAUAAUGAAGAGGCUGAGGUGGGGAAAGAUGUUGUUGGUACAAAGAGAAGUCACAAGUGUGGGGAAGCAAUAGUCAUCCCACAGACAAGACCUCAUGUAGAGCCAUGUGAUGAGAAGCUGAGCAGACAUGAGCAGACUGUGAAAAAGGCACGUCAGAUCCUGAGGAGGUUUGCAGAGGAAGUUGGGGCGCCGGGCUUGGUGGUCGGCGUCACAGUCAAUGGCAAGCAGGUCUGGAUGGACGGAUUUGGUUUUGCUGAUUUGGAGAACGGUGUGCGUUGUUCGCCAGCCACAGUGAUGAGGAUUGCCAGCAUCAGCAAGUCCCUCACCAUGACUGCUGUGGCCAAGCUGUGGGAGGAUGGGAAGCUGGACCUUGAUGACCCAAUCCAAAAGUACAUUCCUGACUUUCCCAAGAAAACUUACAAUGGUGAAGAAGUCACUAUCACCAUUCGCCAGCUGCUAAGCCAUAAGUCUGGCAUCAGACACUACAAGCUGUAUGAUCCCCAAAAGAAGAAUGAUAAAAAGAAAGGCUGUGCUCAGCGUAAUGAUGACAGCAAGAUUGAGUCUCAGACAUCAAGUGACAAAGAGAAAGAAGCACCAGCUGAUUCAACAGAAAAUGACAAGAUGGCCAAACAAGUGGAGUCACUAAAGGAGAAGGCAGGUGUUAGUACUGAAAGUGAAGCAAAGAAGGAGAAAGUGGUUGUAACAAUAAGUGGUGAAAAUGAGACUGCAUCCUGUAGCAAAGAUGUCAAACAAGAAGAAAGCAAGAACAAAAUUACCAGAUGUUUGUGUGGUAAUCGUGUUCUUAGAAGAAAAAACAAGAAAAAGAAGGACGAAGAGGAGGAUGAAUUUGAUUUGAAGGAAUAUUACAUCAAAGAGGAAUUUGAAACAAUUAAAGAUGCUUUGAAACUCUUCCAGGAUGAUGAAUUAUUUUUCAAACCAGGUGAAGGGUAUCUGUACACCACCCAUGGCUGGACUGUGGUGAGUGCUGUGGUGGAGGCAGCAGCUCAGCAGCCCUUCAUUGAGGUGAUGGGACGUUUGUUCUAUGAGCUGGGCCUCAGCAACACCUACCUUGACGUGGCAUUGCCAAUAAUCCACAACAGAGCCAGUUACUAUGUCAGAGAUAUGCACGGCAGACUGAAGAAUGCUCCUUAUGUGGAUAAUUCAUACAAGUGGGCAGGAGGUGGCUUCCUCUCCACAGUGGGUGACCUCUGCAAAUUUGGCAAUGCCAUGCUGUACUCCAGCCAGCAGGAGAGUAAAGGUGAAGGAAAUACGGCACGACUGCCUGGGUACUUGAAGGCAUCUACUGUCCAGCAGCUCUGGGCUCCAGUGAAUGGCACAAAGCAUAAAGACUGGAUGGAUGGUGCCUACGGCAUGGGCUGGACCACCGUAGCUGAUAGACAAUUGCAUGCAUUUGGCCGUAAAUCCCGCCGCCAUGCUCUCCAUACUGGUGGUGCUGUGGGUGCCAGCAGUGUCCUGUUGGUGCUGCCCCAGGAGCCAAAUGGUGAUGUGCCUCAGGGAGUGGUUGUGGCACUGUUGGCCAACAUGCAAGGUGUUUCAAUGAGCAAGGUGGCCUUAGAGGUUGCUGAACUCUUUGAAAAAAAUUCAGUGAAAUGUUCUUCAUAAUCAGAUUGUUUCUAUUAGUUGUUGGAGCAAUGCAUCAAGCCAGUCAAGACUUUGCUCAGUGAGGAGACCACAGCAAGAUGUGUGAUAUGUUGAUUAGGCAUUUUAAUGUUUUUAUCUUCCUUUAUGUGUAUUCAAGUAUUCUAUGCAUUUUAAUCGUCAUUUUCACCCCCAAAGCACACAUUCCUUACUUAACAAUUGAUUCUUAAUUGGGUAUUUGUAAUUAUUUAGUUAUCAACAAAGACUUAUGUCACAGUAUUU